AUGAAUAUUGGUACCGAGGAAUUUGACCCUGAACCAUUACAAGAAAAUUCUGGUUGGCAAGAUUGUGAGGAUGUAGAAGACACACUCUCAUUUUCUGAUCUUUCAUUAAAGAACUGUGAGGGUUAUUGGGAUAGCUUCUCCAAACUAGAUCGAAGUUCCUCUUUUGAUCAUCAAGAUUUCUUUGAGUUUUUCGGGGAAGACGUGACCGGUUGUCCUGCCAACUCUGCUAAUUUCUCAGACAACAUCAUCUUUUGUGGAAAGCUCAUACCUUACAGAAGAGAUCAAACAGUGGGAGCUGAAACAAAACAGAACCUAGAAAUCGCAGCACAACCAAAACAAACCAAGAAGAGCUCCAUCUUCCCAUCAAAACUAUCACACUCUUUCAGUAAAUCAACUGAGAGAGCUGCCGCAAGAAGCAAUACUUCACCAAAGAAGCAGAAACAAGAAAAGAGUGACAAAGCUUGUGAAAGUACUAACAAAGGGUAUGCAAACAAGAAAAUAAGUGUUGAUCGUAAGUAUGAUUCUUCAAUGAGAAAGGGAUCGAACUUUUCACCUCUGAUGAAAACAGGAUGUUAUUCGUUUAGAUUAGGAGUAGGGAAGUUUCCAAUGGAGAUGGAUUUGAGUGAUAUGAAGAUAAGGCAAAGUAAGAGGAGUCCAACUCCAGCCAGGAUGUUUCCAAUAUCUGACGAUGAGAGUGAUCAAACGGAUAAGAGUAGCAAAGGAAAGAGAGGGAAGGGUUUGUGGGGUUUGUUUAGAGGUAAAGCUUCACUUGGUUGCAUUCCAAGAUCGAGUUUGAGUUAA